AUGGCAAAAGUUAAUAAGGUGCGAUGCAAGGCUGAUUCCCGGGGGCACAGAGUGACACCAUAUGCAUUGUCACCUUGUUCACGGAAGGCUGGUAAAAAUUGCCACUUGAAGAAAAAGCAUUCAGAUGCUUCAGAGAAGAAAGAUUGGGAAGGUGCAACCUGCUCAGUUUGCCUGGAGCGUCCUCACAAUGCCGUGCUUCUCCUUUGCUCUUCUUAUGGCAAGGGCUGCCGUCCAUAUAUGUGUGCCACCAGUCGUCGUUUUUCCAACUGUCUUGAACAAUACAAGAAAGCUUAUACAAAAGUAACUCCUACAGAAGGAGUGCAGCAAGAAAACAGUUCAAUGGAUAAUUCAAGUUUCAGUUUGCAUGCUGAGCCGGCCUAUGAGAAAGUGGAGGUUCCAGAGCUUUUAUGCCCCCUUUGUCGAGGACAGGUUAAGGGUUGGACAGUGGUGGAACUGGCUCGUAAGCAUCUCAAUGCUAAAAAAAGAUCCUGCAUGCAGGAUAAGUGCUCAUUUUUUGGAACUUAUAAGCAGCUGAGGAAGCAUGUUAAGGCGAAGCACCCAUUGGCACGACCCCGAGCCGUGGACCCUGUACUUGAAGAAAAAUGGAACAAGCUUGAAUGUGAAAGAGAGCGAAAUGAUGUAAUCAGCACAAUUAUGUCAUCAACACCAGGGGCGCUGGUGCUUGGUGAUUAUGUGAUUGAACCAGGGUAUCGUGGCAUUCAUAAUGACUAUGAUUCUGAUUCUAAUUCAUCCCUGGAUGAUGGUUUCUUAUCUUUGGGGUCAUUUGAUAGAGGGCAGAGUAGUGGCAUCCGCUUUCGUAAUGGACAUCACCUGGAUUAUGAUUCAUUGGAUGAGAAUGAUUAUGGUAUGCAUCGUCCUGGGGCUACAGGUUCCGCAGCAAUAUCUGGACGUGGAUUUCACAGGAUACUGCUGGAGAGACCAAGGAGGAGGUGGUAUAGAGGUAUUAGAGGUCGAAGUUACUGA